GAGCGUCGCUCGACGCUCCUCGCAUUAUGUCGCAGCUCGGGCCGUCCAGUUCGCAAACAUCCUUCCUCGACCCUCACACCUAUACCCACGGCGACUCGGUCCCCGGCCUUAGCGCGGAUGACAAUGACGAUCAAUGGAGCGUGCGCGAUACCGUCAACACUGACGAUCAGUCUAUGGUCGCAGUGGCCCGGAGGCGGCAGAUGCAGGAACUGGCAGGACAAAGUCAGGAUGAUUUGACCGUACGCGGACCCAAAAUUUCCGGAGAGCCCAAGGACGCUGCUGCGCCGGUCGUAAACUCCAAUAUUGAGGCAACGACGCCCACUAGCACCGGUCCCGAGGCUGCCUCGGACGCUGCCAGCACUCGCAGCUUGCCCUUGGUGCAGGUCACCAGUCCACAGUCUCCGACGCGACCGAGCACUGCGCAUGCCUCUAACUCGACCUUUCCAAACGGACCUGCAGACCCCAUGCUGUCCCCUAGCCCAUCGCCGAACUCGCAGCGCCCCAGCACUGCACAGGAGAGACGCAAUCGACAUCGGUCGACCGUCGACACUCGCGCCUCCAACCGUAUAUCUGGUUUCUUCUCGAACCUGAUGCACAGGCGCGACCCGAUGGCUAGUUCGUCUAUUCGACAAGGUACCCAAGAGGAAGCAGAACCUUCACCGACUCCUACGCGGCAAAAGUCGGAAACUAAUACUAGAUCCUCUUCACCUGUACGACCAUCUACUCCACCGCCGUCUCUGCCACCCCCCAGUCUGCAGGAACUCGGACUCUCUCUGUCGUCCAUAACGUCCAUUCUCUCUCCUUCCCAUUUCACUACACCACCCUCAAGUGGUGCUUUCUUGGCUCCCCACUAUCUGUUGUUAUGCCAUGCCCAAGGGCUCGACGUCGUUCCCCUAGUUGCACCGCCUGCGCCCCAGCCGUACGCUUUGGUACGCCGAGUCAGCUUCAAAAGCGUCGUAGUCAUGGAGCACCGCGGCGUACUGGUAGCGAUAGCUGGACGGCGAGACGGUGUCCGGGUAUAUGCGCUCGAAGAGGUGAAGAAGGCCGUAGAAUGGCGCAUCGAGGUCGAAGUCCGCAGAGAGGCCGAACGCAAGCGGCGGGAAGAUUCGAAACGAAACCCUCCUUCGUCAUCAGGCAAGGACUCUGACAAGCGGGCAUUGACAGAUAAGCAUUCCAAGUCCAAGCUGUCGAUAUCGUCUUCUGGGGCACCUGCGCCACCGGAGAAGCCUCCGCGUAAAGCAUCAUCGGCGUCGGCUUCUUCUGCGCCUGUGCCUUCGCAGGCUUCUUCUGCACGGUCGCAGCUGAAGAAGAGGAAGUCGAGUCCUCAGGUAAAGCCGUUAACUCAGGUUGCUCCUCCGGUACCGCCUGGUCCUCCACCGUCAUACAGCAGCUCGGUGGUUGACCGUACUCGCCGAGAGUCAGCAACUCCAGUGCCUCUGGAUCAAGCUCGGGCUCGCCGCUCGUCUGUCACUGACGUCCUAAGUGGGCCUUUGGACAGGCGCAACGCCAGUACUGAAACUCGGCGAGAAGAAUUGGACUUGAAAGGAGACUGGAGUGAUCCUCGUCAUUCUAGUGACGAUGAAGCGAUUAACCUUGUAUCUGCCGGCGCAAGCGGCAGUGAAGCGUAUGACGAGCGGACCAGUGCUAUGGCUGCUGGUGCCGCCCCGCCUGUGCCGGCAUCUACGUCUGGGAAUGGCCUGGCGCGUGUAGAUAUACCUCCGUUACCUCCGGCACCGGGGCGUGCGUUGAGUACCCAAAUGUUGACCGCUACCACUCAACGUCGUAGUCGACCAUCUAACUUGGAUCUAACAUCGAUGCGAGCCCAUACAAGUGCCGGCAUACCUCCUCCUCAUCCGUCUCCCACCCCUACGCUCAUGUCACUUCGCCAGGCGCUCACUGUUUCUGCCUCCUCUAAUGCUGCCGCGGCCUCUGAUGGCGAGCCUCCAGAUUCCGCUGCUAUGACAGAAGAUAUGUCAGAGCCUGCUUCCCCAACUGGAGAUGGUGAAGGCAAUGGAGACGGCGGUGAAGACGAAACGCCCAGAGAGGAGAUCAGUCUUGCCGAGGCUCUUUUGGAAAGCCGUAUACCAGAUCUUCCACCUGCUGGAAGCCGUCGGCCACAGCAACCUAUCCUUAUUACUGCUUCGCAUCCCAUUGCGACCGGAGACGAUGAGCCAGCUAGUCCACGCACCUCUGAGGCUCACUCUACCAGAUCGACCAUUAACACCCAGGAGCAACGGAGGCGAAGGCGUCGAUGGUCAGUGCUUGACCUUGUACCCGGUGGUUCACCGACGUCAUCUCAGGCGCCGCCUGUUCCUGAGACGGAAGUGCCAGCUACUGCCACCAGUUCGGCUGCUACGGUUCCUGUAGCUGACCGCAGACGGAGCCGACUCGUCCGUUCACAAUCAUUCCGGUCGCAGGGCAAUGCAGCCUCUGCCUCAAAUUCUGCGCGACCGUCGUCUUCCCCGGGUAAUAGCGUCCGUGCUGCCUCAUUGCCCACUACAGCAGAAGAUGCUUCCGCUCAGUCUAGCUCCACUAAUCGUCCUUCUUCCCGAUUCAUUUCGCGGUUGAUCCAGGACGUUCUUCACCCCCGUCGAGACGACGCGUCACAGGUUGUGGCAGUCCGGGGCGCCGAUCAGGAUGGGAGGAAGAUGGCUAAUGGACAUUCUGCACCUCACGCACCCGCUCCCAAGUUAGAGUAUGUGAAGCUACCUGGAACAAAGGGUGCAUUGUUAAUAAAGGCGGUGGAAACGGCCAAGAAGAGUUUCCUUGCCAUCCUUUGUGGUGACAACGGGGAAAAGGUGGAAUUGUUCGCUGGAACUUAUCGGACAGCUCUUGGGUUGUCUCGCACGUUCAUCCUCCCCGAUUCUCCCCGAUCUCUGGAAUUGCAACUGCAGGGAGAUGAUUUGGUUGAAGUGUUCUUGGUCUUCUCCCAGAAUGUCUUCGGUUUAGAACCUGCAACAGUACGGGUCAGAGAAGUACGCAUUGGUCGCGCGGAGCGCCGAGCUGCAAGGAGGAGAGCUCGGGAAACCAGACCUGAGGAAGCAGCGACUGCUGAUGCUGACGCGGCUCCUGCAGCCGAAGAGGAUACCAACGUCAAUGUCAGCAUAGGUGUACCCGUUCCAGCGUCCGGCAUUGCAGUCGCGAGCGAUACCCCUGGUUCUACUGCUCCUUCAGCAGCGAAUUCUCCAUUCGGCCUACCACCACCUCCUGAAGAUUCUCAGACGCCAGCAGAGACUUCGAACCCGACCACGUCCACUUCUACUGAGGAGUUAGUGGCACUAGCCACAGCUCACAUGGGGCCGUAUACUACCUUCCAGCAACUGUCUUUCUCUCCGAAUUUCCCACUGGCGGCUAUAGCAGAUGAGUACAUGAUUCCGCCAACGUACCCAUCUUUCCUACAGUAUCGCGCUGAGCACGAACCGGAGGUAAAUGGUAGUGCAACAGUAGACCUGGCACAAGUGAACUUUUCUCCGCCUGGUCUGCCCGUUCCUGCUCCUACCGCUCCGUCAAUGUGGUACUACAGAGACCCCAAAGGCGUAGUUCAUGGUCCUUGGAAGGCAUCCUUGAUGCAGGCAUGGUACAAAGACGGUCUGUUGCCCCCUGACUUGCCGGUUAGGAGAGAAGAAGACGCCGAGUUCAUUCUGCUGCGAGAUCUGAGACUGCAGAGUGUUGACCCCACCCAUCCGUUCCGCCCAACUCCACCCCCGAUGAACGUUCAAGCUAUGCCCCUGGUGCAUGAGCCCUCCAAACCACUCUUGCCCCCAAUAUCUCUUCUGGCCCAACCAAAACAUUUUGGACCGCCUGCGCUGUUUUAUUCCUCACGGGGUGGCCACAGUACCGCAAUAGUCGACGCACGGGGCAGAUCCGUCCUGAAGGCGCGAUUUGUUUGGUCCCAGGAUGAUGACGAUGAUACGUCUUCCGUGACCGGAAGAAUGGGGGAUGUGAAACGUCUUGAAGCAUUCGAUGUCAAGGAUCGUGCAGUCCUCGUCGCCAUGCGGCAAGGUGGUCUAGAAGCUGUCGACUUUGGAGACGCCCUUCUCAAGCCUGCAGAUGAAUCGAGGACAGUUCUGCCUCAGUUCAAUCCGUCCCUGUCGGUCAUCAAUCGACGUGCACCUUUCGUGUGGAAAAUUGGCACGCCAAUAUCUCCGACAGGAUCUCCGUCUUCUUUAUCUGCAGCAGCCAGCUCCAAAGCGGGCCAACGAAUGAAGAAAGGCAGUACCGGCCCUGGCAAGUCUCCCGGGCGGACAGAUUUCUCAUUCGGGCCCGACCCCGCUCAAGAUAAUCAGCUGCAGGAAGAGGUCCUGUUCCUAGGGCGGAAAGACGACGAGAUUUAUUUAUGUGAAAGACGAACUGGUUCGUUUCGGAUAUUACGACUGUCUCCCACUGGUGCAUAG